AUGUUUCCUCUCCCCAAUUCAGAUAAGAUGACGAAGCUCAGAGAGUUGCUGCACAAGAGCGAUAACCGCAUAUGUGCUGACUGCAGUGCACCUGAUCCCAAAUGGGCAUCGGCUAACAUUGGAGUAUUCAUAUGCCUAAAAUGCUCUGGUGUUCACAGAAGCCUUGGCACACAUGUUUCAAAGGUUUUGUCAAUCACUCUAGAUCAAUGGAGUGAUGAUGAAAUUAACUCGAUGAUAGAAGUUGGUGGAAACUCUUACGCCAAUUCUAUAUAUGAAGCAUUUAUUCCAGAGGGCUAUCACAAACCACAUCCAGAUUCUAGCCAGGAAGAGAGAGCUGAUUUCAUCAGGUCAAAGUAUGAGUUGCAAGAAUUUCUGAAGCCAAGCCUACGGAUAGUUUCUAGUAAGAGCUCUUUAGAGGCUACCUACUCUCGAAAACAUAUUGGGCAGCAAUGCUUCUCAUUCUCAUCGUUUGGUUUAUUUAUUUUGCAGGCUGGCAUGGUUGAGUUUAUUGGAAUACUAAAAGUUAAAGUAAUAAGAGGGACUAAAUUAGCUGUAAGAGACCUGAUAAGUAGUGACCCCUAUGUUGUACUGAUCCUAGGGCAGCAGAAAGCAAAGACAUCAGUGGUUAAACGUAAUCUAAAUCCUGUUUGGAAUGAAGAACUUAAGCUGUCAGUUCCUCAGCAAUAUGGACCUCUCAAGCUUCAAGUGUUUGACCAUGCCAUGCUAUCGAAGGACGACAAAAUGGGCGAGGCUGAGAUUGACCUGCAGCCGAUGAUCAGUGCAGCGACUGCGUUCGGUGACGCUGACCUGCUUGCAGACAUGCAGAUCGGCAAGUGGCUCAAGUCCCCGGACAAUGCGCUGGCCAGGGACAGCCCCGUCAAUGUCGUCAAUGGCAAGGUGAAGCAGGAGGUCUCGUUGAAGCUACAGAACGUCGAGUCCGGGGAGGUGGACCUGGAGCUGGAGUGGGUACCUCUCAAUCAGUAGAGUUCACCAGAUCUGAUGCAUGCUUGUGGCAUAUAUAAGUCGUGAUGAGUUCUUGGUCAUCUUUGGAUUGUCAGGAUGCCUGCAGUAUGGUGUCAUGGAUUAUCUUUACACCUAUGAUGCUGAUGGAACAUUUGGUUAGGUAGCAUGAUGAUUUGAAGAACGCACCUAAUCUGUGGUUCAUGAGAUCAGGUUGUAAGCAAUAAAGGAAUAUAGAGCAGGCCGUAAUUGCGCAGUUAAAAAAAACAAAGAAUCUUGCGCUCCGGACUCA